UCCUAAAGCCUUUUGUUCUCUCUCUCUCUUUCUCUCUCUAAAAUUCUCUAUUUCUACAGAGUUUUGUGUGUCCUUUUGAAGAGUACUUGUUUGCUCUGAUUUUGUGUUCACAUGAGAGAUGGAGCUCGGGUUGAGCUUGGGUCUGGGCAUCACCGCCGGGAAUGAAAGGCUAGGACGGCAAGAAGACGGCGGCCAGGAGCCGGAGAAAUCCCACCGGUCUAAUGAUUCCGACGAGGACGACGACGACGUUGAGGACUACGACCACGCCACUUCGUCGGAGGAGGAAGCCCACCGCAGCGCAGAUCGACGCCUCGCCAUUUUUGCUCCGCCGGUGCCGCUCGACCUCCUCCCUCCCGCUCCUGUUCAGAAGAAGAACGUUAGUUUUCCGGCGGCGGCGCGUGCGGCGGCGGCGGAGGAGGUGUCGUCGCCCAACAGCGUAGCGUCGUCGUUCAGGGCGAUAGACUUUAGCAUUUUCAAGAGGAACAGGAAUGGUGCGGUGGUGGAGGACGGUGGUAGGGAUCAGAGAACCGCCUCCGACGCCGCCGGAAACGGCGGCGCGGCGGAACCGGCGUCGAGGGCGAGCGACGAGGACGAGAACGGCGUCAACGCCCGGAAAAAGCUCCGGCUUUCCAAAGAACAGUCGGCUUAUCUGGAAGAAAGCUUUAAAGAACACCACACUCUUAACCCUAAGCAAAAACACGCGCUCGCAAAGCAGCUGAAUCUCCGGCCGAGGCAAGUCGAAGUCUGGUUCCAGAACCGCCGAGCAAGGACAAAGCUAAAGCAAACGGAAGUCGACUGCGAAUACCUGAAAAGAUGCUGCGAAACGCUGAGAGAAGAGAACCGAAGACUCCAUAAAGAAUUGCAAGAACUCAGAGCUCUCAAAUCUUCAAAUCCAUUUUACAUGCAUCUCCCCGCCACCACUCUCACCAUGUGUCCGUCGUGCGAGAAGGUCGCCUCCACCUCCACCGCCCCGCCGCCGGCCACCGUCUCCGCCCCCGCACCCACCACCCCAACCACCGCUCCCGACUCCAUCCCCAAGCCCAUUCCCUUCCUCUCCAAACCCAGGUUUUUCCCGUUCACCGCCGCCCAUAAUCCCAGCCACCCCCACCAGUCUGCCGCCUCGUGAACACCGCCGGAGAUUCAAGAUCCGAUGGGGUGUAUGUAUACCAACUACUACUAAUCUUGGGUCUCUUCAGUUCGAAUCUUCCGACGUUGUUUGAUGUUUUCUUUUUUCUGGGAUUGUUCUUGUGUCUUCACGGAGCAACUUUUUGGCUCGUAACAUAAUCUGAAUCGAACGUAGGUGAAGAAGCUUAAUCUUUUGUGUAUGUAGUGAUGAUCAGUAAAUCAUGCAUGGCUAGAAAACUAAGAAGCUAGGUAGCGUUACCAUGUUUUUGUAUGGGAUUCAUCAAAUUUCUUGAUUAUCAUUUGCUGCAAAAACCCAACUAAAGUUGAAAGAAAAUCAUAAUUACAGCAAA